AGAUCAUGUGGUUUUUGGCGUAGAUCCCCCUCUGAACGAGAAUUUUUUUUCUACUGUUGUCUUUAGGAUUCGGUGGAAUCUUUAGAAUUAAUCUUCGCAGCCUGUACACCUUAGACGAGAGUUACAUUUUGGAACCUCGGCGUCCCAGCGCUGUAGACACGGGGACAGAUCAAGCUGUGAUGAAGUCUCAUAAGGUUCCCCAUUGGAGCUGACAUUUAAAGUCUGUAUCAAAGCUCCAUUUACAAAAACAAAACUGGGUGAAAAAUCCUAAAAACUCCACCACACACACAUACACACACACACCCUGCAUAAACUGACAGGGUCUGAAACGAAGUUUCACACCAACCCCUUACCAUGGCCAGCAGAAGGAAGUCAACUAUUCCAUGUAUGGUCCGUGCUACUGAAAUGGUGGAAGAGGAUGACCCAGAUGAGAUGGAGGUCAUUGGAGACACCAUGGUGGAAAACGGGUCUCCGAAGCCAUUGUCUAAUGAUGAUUGGACUACAGGAAAUGGUGUCCAAAGUAAGCAGAAGGAUGUAGAGCAGGACAAGCCAGCAGCAGACACUCCUCAACCACGGAAGCCACAAGGAGGCUAUGAAUGCAAGUAUUGCCCUUACUCCACGCAGAACUUGAACGAGUUCACGGAACAUGUGGACUUGAACCAUCCCAACGUCAUUCUCAACCCUCUGUAUGUGUGUGCAGAGUGCAGCUUCAACACAAAAAAAUAUGACACAUUGUCGGAACAUAAUAUGAAAUGUCAUCCCGGGGAGAGCAAUUUCAAGCUGAAGUUGAUCAAACGAAACAGCCAAACAAUUUUGGAGCAGACAAUUGAAGGAGCCAACAGUACUGCCUGUAUGAUCAGUGGUGAGAACGCUACUCCUGCAAUCUCUUUGAGUAAAACACCCAUGAUGAAAAUGGGGAAGCCAAAAAUGGACCCCAGACGUUUACCCAGGAAGGGAGAUGACCUACAGAAUCUGUCAGAGAACCUAAGUCCGGAAAUGGUCACAGAUCCUAUUCCUACUAUAAAUGUCAAUGGGACAGUUAUAAUCCCUGAAGCUUCAGUUCCAGAAGGGUUGACGCAUGUUAUGCCAUUUUUACAGCGGCCCCCCAAUUACAGCUUGGUGCCCAAAAUUGCUGUCCCCCUGAACACUACCAAAUAUAACCCGUCACUGGACAUUAAUAUGAUCCUCAUUAAUUCAUUCAAUAAGUUUCCGUACCCAACACAGGCAGAGCUCUCCUGGCUGACAGCAGCCUCAAAACACCCUGAGGAGCAAAUAAGGGUCUGGUUCAUCGUUCAGCGACUAAAGCGUGGCAUCAGCUGGUCCCCCGAGGAGGUGGAAGAGGCCAGGAAGAAAAUGUUUAAUGGUACUAUCCAGCCCAUGACACAGACCUUAACAGUCUUGCCUGCGCAACUAGCUAGGAACACUAAAGUCACGCAGCCCCUUAUACAGACUCUUCCCUGCCAGAUCUUAGGACCGACCAGUUUGGUAUUGACCCAGGUCGCCAACGGAUCAACCAUGACUUACUCCCCCAUCACACUGACAGUAGCCGACCAAGUGCAGCCCCUCAAGCGGCCUUUGCCAGCUCCGGUGGUGACCCCUGAAGCAAAGCGAGCAAGUGUCGGCCAUGUGGUUCAAUCACACCCAAAUCCUGCUACGCCCAUCAUGUCUCCUUCUAUGGACCGCAAGAAGACCAGGGAGCAGAUCUCAGAGCUUAAGGCCAGCUUCCUCAAGAGCCAGUUUCCAGAAGACAAAGAAGUUUACAGGCUUAUUGAGGCCACGGGCCUGUCAAGGGGGGAGAUCAAGAAGUGGUUUAGCGACCACCGCUAUCGGACUCAAAGGGGCAUUGUAAACAUCACCAGUGAAUCUGUAGCCAAAGACAUGGCACAAAGGUCCAGUCAACCUCAGAGCCCAUGCAUUCAGACAGCACAGCAGAGGUUAAAAGGGAAUACCCCAGAGCAACUAAAGGUCCUGGAGGCCAACUUCCAGAAAACCAGCUUCCCAACACAGGUGGAGGUCGACCGUUUGAUGGUAGACACCAGCCUGUCCAGAAACGAGAUUGACAACUGUUUUUUGGAGAGUCGGAUAGUACGAGACAACAAGGAGCAAGCCCUGUUGAACUCCAUGGAUUCACAUAAGAAAGAGGAUCAGCAACAGCCAAGGGCACUCAAUGGUACACACGGGCAAGGGGACCAGGUGAGGGCAUCUCCACUACCCACUGUUGCCUCAAUCCCCCUAGAACAAAAAACACUGGAUCUUCUUAAAGGUGUUUUUGCACAGACUCGGUGGCCUUCUCCUGAGGAGUACGACCAAUUGGCGCUUAAGACGGGGCUGGCCCACACAGAAAUCGUCCGAUGGUUCAUGGAAAACCGGUCCGCUCUUAAGAGCGGGAGCUUGCAAUGGAUGGAGCAGUACCAGAAACUGAAUGGGGAGGGCCAGAAUGGACAGAGCCAGACCACCCUGGGUUCCAAAAGUGGCCAUUCUGUCCUCCAGCAGCACUACCAGGAGUUUAAGGAGUUGCGGGAGGAUGACCUGGAAAAGCUGGUGGAGGGGUCCAAACUGAGCUAUCAGGAAAUAAGGGACUGGUUUGCAAACAAGCAGGGAGAGGACAAGCUUGACAGAGCAGAGAACAUUAGCCAAGGCAAGCGUUCAAGUGAGGAGCAGGGGGACUGGGUGGAGGUGACGGUCGGGGUGGACGAAGAUGAGGACCAUGCUUCUGACUGCACUGAAGCUGGGUAUGAAAUGGUUGAAGACGACUCAGAAGGCAUGACAGGAUAAACUGUUACACGAAGGAGAUUGAAUUUUGACUGCUGUCAAUUGUACAGAACAUCUUCUUUUUGAAGAGGACAGAGAUAAAAAUGUUAUAUUUUCGUAUUUGGAACCAUUGACUGCAUAUGAACCACAAUGUUGGAGACAGAAGAGACACAAUGAGCUGAGAAUCUGUAGUAGCCACAUUUGAGUGUCAAAUCUGUACUUCUGUGUUGCAACAAAAAGAUUCCUUGUAAAUAUUUUUUUCUGUAUUGCCAGAUUUGUACAAUUUUGGGAAAUGUUGUUACAUUUAUAAUUGGUGCGUUGUUGUCGCUGUUGUUUUCAUUUCCAUUUUGUUGUGGUUGAUCAUUUUAGUGGUUUGUUCUCCAUUUUGUAGACAUAGUAACCCCUAUUGGUUUUAAUAGUAUUUUAUUCUAUUUUAAUAGAAUACAAUUUAACUUUUAAAUAAUGGCUGCCAUACCAGCCUGAUGGAUUUUAAAGACUUAAGCAGUUGGUUACUGUAUGGUCUAGGGAUGGGCAUUUUUCUAUAUUUGAAUAAUCUAAUACACAUAAUUUACUAAACGAUUACAAUAUAAUACUUUACAUCAACAUGCCUCUGGCUAAACGUAAUGCUUAAAUAAUACCAAAGUUGACAUAAUACGUAAAAAAUAACAAUCGGGGCAAUAUAUGACAAAGCUUCAAUAAGUGCUAUUUGUAACACGAAGUACAACUACAAUGUAUAAAGCCCAGUUUGCAUACUUGCCAAACGGAAAUUAAAGGCAACAUGAUAAUAUACAGAUUACAAUGAAUCAAUAAAUGUCUUCAUUGGACAACUAUGCAUUUUUUUAAUUAAUUUUUUUACAUUAAGCAAAAUAUCAUAUUCGAUACGGUACAUACCUCCUGGUAUACAUUCUGCUGCAUAAUCUUAGAAAUAAUGCCAUACAGAGUAGACAUUAAAUCAUUGAAUGUCAUUAACUAAAUCUCAAGUUAAAACGAAAUGAACGAGCCCUGUCGUACAACAGCGCUGACAGUCCAUGUAUCUUUAGCGAUCAUUUCAACCACUAGAUUCAUUAUACGUUCCUUUUUUUAGUGCAUUUGGUGGCAAGCUCUAAAGGUUCGUUUUGAUUUACCUGUUUUAUUUGUUUUGUAAAAUACCUUUAUUUUGUAGUCUCUUUUGUUAAUUAAAUAGAAUAAUUAAGUAAAUUUAGUUUUAAUACGUGCAAUGGUGCAUUCCAACCACCUCCGUUACCCCUAGCUACAGUAUUUGUAUUGCCCUGCACUUUUAAGAACGCCUGUUUUUUGUAUCUGUCAGGAGCUUAGCAUAAUUUAGCGUCAUAAAGAAAUAAUGAUUUAUUUAAUAUUUAUUUAUUUAUUUAUUUAUUUAUAUAUAAUCAUACAUCGGACUGCAGCAGCAGGCUUAGCGUGGGUCUGUUCAGACUAUUUAUAUGUGCAGCAAUACAAGAUAGGUUAGUCAUUUUCUAAACAAUUAACAUUUUCAAAUCGAUUAUUCGAAUAAAUGAUUACAUGUGCCCAUCCCUAGUAUGGUCCCUAUAGGUAAUGUUUACACUUGUGAGGAGCACUUACUUGAGAUUUAAGAAGAGUAAAGGUGGUGGCCCCUGUUAAGCUGGACCAGGGAGCAACGUUGUAAUAAAUGGUUAUUUAAACACAAAAUGAGCUAGAGAGAUGUAACUUAACCUGGGUUUUAGCAAUCUACAGUGUAUCCCAUUUCUUUUUUGCAUCUUGUUUCACAGUGUUAGGGGGACACGAUAUCAGUAUGUUUGUUAUUACAUGUUAGCCUUUUAGGAGAUCCUAGUGUUAGUGCACUUUAUACAGCAGAAAUAGACCAUACUUCCAGAUUAUUCUUUUUCUUGUGUACAGCUUCUGCAAUAGUGUUAUAUGUUCAAAAAAGUUUAUACCGCAAUACUAUACUGUUAUGGAGAUCAUGAUUUUAAGAUUUUAAGAUUUUUUUUUAACCAGUUGCCCAUCUGCUGUAACCCAAUAAACACAAACUAUUCAAAUGAAA